GAUAGAAAGAAAAAGAAGUUUAGGUAUUAGUAUUAAAACAUCUCGACGUGAAAAGAUAAUGAAAAGAAUUUCUAAAAAAUCUAUGUUUGUAUACUUCUAGGCCUAUACGAUUUAUACUUUCGCUUUGAUUUCACAGAUAUCCACCAUGCCUAAACCUGACGAUAAACCGGGUGGUAAUCAAGAUGGUCCUAAGGCUGCUGGGAGUGUGAUCAUGCCGAGGCGUGAACCCGUUCAGACUGUUGAGGUCACCAUUAACCCACCUACAAUCAGAGAUGAGGUGGACACGGUCGAGUGUUCUUCCUCUGCCGAGGUACUGAAUACAAGCGAUCAACCUCUCACUUUGGAGCAGGUUAAGAGGAAGGUCACCCGCAGACUGCAGAGGCUAGAAGCCCAGCAGAGCCGGACCAAGAGCAGCAGGAAACCAAGCCAACCAAAGGCCACACAGAAAUCGACAGAUGAAUCAAAGAAUGUCGCGUCGGCGUAAUGGAUGUCGUCCACAUUACAGUGGUGCCUUUACAAAAGCUUUUACUACCUAGCAAAACAUGGAGCUCGAGGGGGACUGGGGUGGGGGUGCAUGAAUGAGUUAGCCAGGAGGGCCAAGACUUGGGGGAAAGGGCCAAAGGGGAGUACACGAUUGGUACAUCAUAGGAACAUGAUGAGUACAUACGAUGAUGGAGGACCAAUCUGCAAAACAUGGAGGGCAGGGCAGUCGUGUUACUGUUUUAUAGAUCAUGUGAAAAUCAAGCAUAUCAUGAACCGAAUCAUACAUUCAAAUGAAUUCGA